GGCAGUUCUCGCAUCUCUUGACAGUGUUCGUAAAGCUUUAAGCUCGUCCGCCAGGCUCGAGUUGAGAAAAAAAAAAACAAAAAGAAAAAGAAAGAAAAAAAGAAAAAAGAAAAAAAAAAGAAACAAACAAACAAACAGACUUCGACUUUUUGGGAUUACACAGUUUUUUCUGUUGUCUUUUUUUUUUCGUUUGUUUUCUUUCUUCUGUUUUCAUUACUAUUACUAUUAUUAUCGUCAUUAUUCUUUCGAUCUGAUUUAAUCUGUAUCUAUUUAUCUAUCUGUUUCGUAACAUCGUUCGUACAGAAAAAAAAAAAAAAAAAAAAAGAGAAAAGAAAAGAAAUCUCAUCAAAUUUUCGAUUUAUAUCGAUUAAUAUCGUACAUUAUAAUUCUUCAAACGUUCCAUAUUAUAAUCGAGUGACCGUAAAUCCAAGCGUUCAAUCAAUAUCAUCACAGAUUGUGUCGAUCUUGUAUAAUAUCGAGCCUGAUAUAUACAUAUAGACAUAUAUAUAUAUAUAAAUAUAUAUAUAUAUAAGAUAUAUAAAAAAGAGCAAAAAACCGCGUCGCCAUCAUGGUAUGUUCAAUCGAUGAUAUCGCCGACGAAUUGCCUCCAGAACAAAUUGCUGUCCUUCGUAAAGCUUUCGACAGUUUCGACAGAGAAAAAAGUGGUAGCAUUCCCACCGACAUGGUGGCUGAUAUACUUCGACUUAUGGGACAACCGUUCAACAAGAAAAUUCUCGAUGAACUUAUAGAGGAAGUUGAUGCUGACAAAUCAGGACGUUUGGAAUUCGAAGAGUUCGUCACCUUAGCCGCGAAAUUCAUCGUUGAGGAAGAUGCUGAAGCACUUGAGAAGGAACUUCGAGAAGCUUUUAGGCUCUACGACAAGGAAGGUAAUGGAUAUAUCCCGACCACCUGCUUGCGUGAAAUUUUAAGAGAACUCGAUGAUCAACUAACGGACGAGGAAUUGGAUAUAAUGAUCGAAGAAAUUGAUUCUGAUGGUUCAGGAACCGUAGAUUUCGAUGAAUUUAUGGAAAUGAUGACCGGAGAAUAAUCUUGGCCAAAGUAUCCGGUAGCAUGAGCUGCUGUGAAUUUUUUGUUUUCUUUUUAUUUAAAAAAAAAAAAAAAAAAAAAAAAAAAAGAAAAAAAAGA